AUGUCUUGGACGACGGAGCUUCGCUUUUGGCCUUCGCCGCUGGGCGGCCUUGCAUGGUCUCAAGACUGUGAAUUGGCUAUCGCGGUUAACGAGAUGGUCCAGCUGCUGGUAAGUCUAAGCUUCAAAAUAUUUCAACAACAACCAGCAAGUCCAUGGCACAUCGUAAAUCUCGCUACAAGUCUCUGGACUUCAACUGAACUGCCAUUGAAAUACCCAGCUCCCUUUGGAACUUUCUCUGUCGGAGAAGAGAUAUCCGCGAGUGCUGUAGUUUCGCUUGAGUGGUCACCACCUGGUAUUUCAAAACAUCGAAGAUCGGCUCUCGCGGUACUCACAUCUAAUCUUGUCUUGUCAUUAUGGGCUCCCGAAAGCAGUCCAAAAGUUCCCGCCAGCUGGGAACGCCGUCUCAUCGUCAACGAUUGCAUAGAGCCAUACCUGGGAAAUUUCGACCGCAACGAGACGUAUGAUAACGAAGAAGAGCGUAUGGACAAGCGCAGGCUUCGUAUGCGCCUUCGGUCGUUUACCUGGUGUUCCACGAACCCUGAUAGAGGUCUUUCGAGUAAUAUCGGGUCUAGAUUACACUGGGGCCCCUACAUACUGGCCAUGUCCAACGAUGAUAACCAAGUUCUCUUUGUAUCCGUCGAAUCACCGUAUACCUCAGUCUCAUCAGAUCAAGGAUGGAAAGCUACAGUGAUCGGCCAUUUCUCACUCGGUGUCUCAGAACCUGUUCCCUAUUCGACAGCCGUUUUCGAAGAUUUUAUUCAGCAGCAGCGAUGUGUAUCCCAUCUUGCGUGGAGCCCAUGGUCUCACAGAGGUGAUGGCCGUCUGGAUUCCGUCUUGUCGUAUGCGUCGAACGACAAGCUUUACGCAAGGAACAUAGUGCUGAGAAUCGAAGAUGAUAGUCAAACUCGGCCGGAUAUUUUGGUCGUAGAUAAUGAAACCAAGUAUCACGAUAUCACUCUUCGCUAUGGGGGGCCGUUAAGCUGGUGCCCCAAGGUAUGCGAUCAGCAUCACAUGUACCUCGUUGCAUUCUCCAGACUAGAGGUGUUUUCAUUUACCGUAUCAAACUGUCUAGCGCAAGACUUCAAAAUGUCUUCCACUCAUCUCGAGCAGAACUGGGAUCCGAUUUCCGGUGUCACUUUCACGUUCAAAUCUCCUCAAGAAGUUCACAUGUACUACUCUUAUUACAUGUCGACUACGCAAGUCCCAGCCGUGGGUUUGAGACUUCCAAUAGCGGACGACUCAAAACUACCUCUACCAUCUUGGCAAGAGACAGAGAGGGACACCCAAGCAUAUUUCAGUGCAGCCAACGAUCUUGCGGGGAAUGCGUUUACUAAAGUCUGGGGUUUGGCACUUUCACCUCUUGGAGAUCUCUUCGCUACGUUGUCUACGCGACAUCCGAGUGAUAUGAUGGAAUAUCUCACGGUGGCGGAGCAGUCAUGCACAUUAACUAUUUCCAAUCCAAGAGGGAGCCAUGGUCAUUUCAAUAUUGCAUCGGGCGAUUUUUUGGGGAGUGUAAGCUCCGAAGCAGCGUGCUUUAGUAUCAAUAGAUGGUUCGGAUACAACAAUGAGACUCCCGAACAAGUUUCUGUAGCAAUCAUACAUAUAUCAGACCAAUUGAUGCAAUCCUUCGGAGCUGCGAGGCCUCAAGAAGUAGUUGCAUCUAUCCCGACCGCUUCGAUCAAUAUUAAUAAUAACUCGGGCUUGACUGCUCAGGUACCAACAACUGCCGAACUCAUCGAACGACUGAGGCAAGAUGUCUUCUUCAACCCCAAAACCAUCAAAGACCGACACGAGAUUCUAGUAUCUAGGGUCUGCGCCCCACAUGAGUCUACAGAGUUUCCACACUUGAAGCUCUCCCGUGUACUCGCCGAAGCAGUUCUCAAGCUCCCCAUAAGCAUUUGCGACAACAGUCCAUUAGGUCAACGAAUGCUAGCGACUUUCGCUCUCGUUCUAGACAAGCUACACGAGAUUGGCGGUGGAGUGCUCCUACCCUCUGAUGCUCCAGAUUUCGAUGCACCGGAAACUUGUACGAUUUGCGACAGUCCCAUUAGGCUAGAGAGUCUAGACUGGGCACGAUGCAAAGAGGGGCAUCAGUUCACGAGAUGCAGUCUCUCAUUCUUGGCUAUCCAGGGCCCCAACAUUUCGAAAUUCUGUGGUAUUUGCCGGGCGCAGUACUUGAAAGAGGAGUAUAUCGCCCGGGAGGACCAAGCUAGCCAAGACCGGGACGGGCUCGGCGGGGGUGAUGAAGGGGAUCAAGAGCUGCCGGAUGCACCAGAUGUUCUCUCAGCUUCAGUAAGCGGGAACUCAAAGCAGAUGUCCCUAGCCCGAAUCUUGUUCUCGGCGUGCGAUGUUUGUGUGUAUUGCGGAGGCAAGUUCGUGGGCUGAUGUAUACUAUUGUUAGAGGUGGUUGAUCGACUUGAGAGGUGAAACCACAUGAGAAAUUAAACUGAAUAACAAUACAUUGGUAUGAUCA